AUGACUGGAUGCUACUGGGCUUCGAGAAUCCUGGACUUCGAUCUGCUGGGAAGCAAGGGGCACGGACCGAUUGACGAAGACGAAUGGAUGGAGAUGAACGGAGUGGACGUACAGGGGAUGCGCACGUCAACACUUCUCCAGAGGUGGCGAGACGGGCCUGUGAGGGCAGCUAUAUUUCUCACCAUCCGUCCAAUGCCUUCAGGCUUGUCAGCGGCAUUGUUCUCGUACCCGUCCAGCGGGCGACUACGGAUGGGUGUUUCAGUCAAAUUGUUGUCGCAUCCUGGACCUGAAUCGGCAACGAUCGUAGCGAGGACCGCUCAACCUGAGGAACUCAGAGCAGAUACACAGCCUUCGGCGCGUCUUAGCUUCCCUCCCCGCCGGUGGGCGAAGGAGGUACUAGACUCUGGGAUCACGGUGAGAUGCGCGCCCGGACGGUUCAGUCCCCACUCCGUCGGGACGACCGCCCGCCCCAGAGAACUACUCUACCUACAGGCAACUACAAAGGUCUACACUAACGCGAGAGCCAACAAGAGCGCGCAACUCUCGCAGUGCCGACGCCCCGUCACAACGACUGACAAUCGUCUACCGACGCCCCCUCGCGGAUGGAACGCGGUGGGACAGCGCCGGCAGGCGAUGGCCAGCCGGGUGGCCUUGGGCUGGCGGGGGGUCGAGCUUGCGCGGCGAUGCGAUCGUCAGCCGCUGCCCACGCACUUUGUGCAAAGAGUAAGGUCAGCUUGUGGGCUCAGGGAGAGACGGAAAGACUUACAAAGACAAGACACCGUCGCCGCAACAGAUGUGGGAGAGGAAGAGAGGAAGGAUGUCGAUUGGAGGCUUCUGGUCAGGCUGACAACGAGGAAGAGCUCGGCCAGCCUCAACCCAAAUUGUGUCAGCCGCGCUGUCCGGGAUGUCACGGCGUGUACGAUCGAACAUGGUGCACUGCGGCUGACCCGAGAUGUUCGUUCAGUCACGCAGGAAGUGUGGAUCACUGUUGGGACCGCUUUCCUCACCCCAAGGCGAACACCAUGGACUUGGAAGCGAAAUGGCAUUGGCGGGAGUGGCUCGCGACAACGUUGA